UCUGAAAUGCAAUCAAAUAGCCUAAAGAACAGAUCAGAGAGUGGUCCAAGCAUGGCUGAAAAGAAGUACAAGGGAGUUCGCAGACGAAAAUGGGGCAAAUGGGUGUCGGAAAUCAGGGUUCCAGGUUCAACAGAGCGGCUCUGGUUAGGCUCCUAUGCUACGGCAGAGGCGGCUGCGGUUGCCCACGAUAUUGCUUUCUAUUGUUUACGUAGACCGCCGUCUUUGGAUGGCCUUAACUUCCCUCAACUGUUGCCUGCGAGGUGUGUGGAUGCAGCCUUGUCACCGAAGUCUGUACAGAAAGCUGCUUCGGAUGCCGGGAUGGGCAUCGAUGCGCAGAUGAUCGUGAGCAAGUCGUUUAAAGAGGCGAUGGAGGUUAAUGAAAGUGGUGGGAUUCAGGGCUUUGAAACACAGUUUUUGGGCAAUGAGAGUAAUGAUUCUGGGACGUGGAAGGAGAAGGAGCUGAGCAUUUCUGUUGAAGAUUAUGAUUAUGAUUAGUGAAACUACUGUUUUUGUUCUCGCUUAUUCUUUUUCCUUGUUCGACAAGAUUUAGCUUUUAAUAAAUCACCGUACAUAUUGAAAUUUCUCAAGUGCAGAGAUUCAGAUUCUUUCUUUUUAUAAAACAUCGGCAAGAAAGAAUGAACUUAACAUACUUCUCAGU